UGACUUUGAGAGCCCUUCUUCUCCCACCUAGGCUAAAACUUUCGCGCUCGAAAAGUUCUCCCCAGCUCCACUUUGUAUAUGCGAACCCUAAAUCCACCCCGAACCCAAAUCAAUCCUGUGUCGAUACGAACCCUAACCAGAUUACACACAGCUCGACUUGUUCUUCUCAUGUGCUACAAAUUCCCCAAUUACUGUGAUUGAUGUCUCUUCAGAUUGUGGAGCUCCAUCGUAACCCCUAAUCUGCAAACAUGGACGCCAAGGACAUCCUUGGAUUGCCCAAAACGCCACUCUCAGUACCUCCGGAAAAGAAGUCCCAGCCGAAGAAAGAUUCCCAGAGAAAACCCGAUGGCAUUUCGCGCGAGGUGUAUGCUCUUACGGGAGGGCUGGCGCCGUUAAUGCCAUCGAUUGAUUCUUCUUACUUGAAGAAACGGCCCCCUUCUGACGAGAAGAUCACUUGGCAAUGGCUUCCCUUCACAAAUUCUGCUCGGAAGGACACUCUGCAGCUUUAUCAUUGGGUUAGGGUAGUAAACGGUGUUCCUCCAACAGGGGAUUAUUCGUUUGCCAAGUAUAAUAAGUCUAUUGAGGUUACCAAGUACACCGACGAGGAAUAUGCAAAGCAUUUGACUGAUCCUUCAUGGACCAAGCAAGAGACAGAUCAGCUGUUCGACUUGUGCGAACAGUUUGAUCUCCGCUUUGUGAUCAUAGCAGAUAGGUUUCCAUCUUCUCGGACUAUGGAGGAAUUGAAGGAUCGCUAUUAUAGUGUAUAUUUUCUUUCCCCAGUGUGUCGUUCCAUAUUGCUUGCUAGGGCUUCAUCUCCAGCUGAUGUAUCGGGCCAUCCUUUGGUUAAGGAAAACUAUAAUGCUUCACAAGAGAAAGAACGCAAGCGUGCUUUGUCCAUGGUCCUUUCCCAAACCAAGCAGCAAGAGAAAAAGGAUGCAGAGGUCCUCGCUGAAGCCAAAAAAAUAGCUGAGUCGCGGAUGGCUGCUAAAGGUGUCGAGGAAUCUGUAAUGCCUGCGACUGAGAAUGAAUUUCCUGAAACAACUAUUGAUCACAAUGAUACUCUUGUAUCUCUAUCAAAUGUUCGACUUGCCCCAGUGGCAGCUCCACCUUCAACUUUGGUCAUUGCAGAUACUUCUUCUACUCUGGCUUCACUGCGUAUGCUUCCAGUAUACUUGAGAACAUAUGCACUUGAGCAAAUGGUGCAACAGGCGAGUUCGUCAGCAGGACUUCGUACCAUUAAGCGAGUUGAGCAAACUUUGCAAGAUCUUGGGAUUAAUUUAAAACCUAGGGUGCCAACCAAAGCCGUCUGUGCUGAACACCUGGAGUUGAGAAAGGAAAUAUUGACCCUACUAAACCUCCAAAAACAGUUGCAAUACAAGGAGGCAGAAGGUUCAUCAUUACGUGAGGGUACUACCUAUUCAGAAAUGCCUGGUACACCAAAGCGUCAAGUACGUGAUCAUGAUCGGACAUUUAUUCCUGAUGCGAUGAGUUUUGGAGGUGAAAGAGGUGGUCGAAAGGACCCGAAACGCAAGGGACCUGGAAGGGUAUCUGAGACACCAUCAUCUCCAGCUAAUAAGCGGCCAAGAAAAAUGAAGGCAUCUGAUCUCUGAUAGCUGGAGGAACUAGUACACCUAGGGUUUGACAGCAGCAAUUUACUCCUCAAGGAAAAUAGAUAAGCACUAAGAUUUCCAGUGACAGAAUCCAGAGACUCGCACCAAAUGGGCAAAGGAUGCAAAACAAUGAGCUGGAAUUGCAGCUUUCCGACAUUGUUGGCACAUCUUUAACUGGAUGCUGCCAAAAUUCUGACUCUAUAUCUGUAUAAUCAUUGUUCUAUGGCGCAGAGUUGUGACUUGUCCUAUUUAUCUGUAGAAACAGUUCCUGUCCUUGGCUGUAUGUAGAUGGAUGUUGGAGAGUAGACGAAAUACAGAUUUGUAGGAAUGUCAUAUAUCCAAGUUCUUCCCAUUCCCUGGGUAAUACUGUUAGGUCGGACUUCACUUUGAUUGACUGAAUGGAUUUGCUGAUUUGGUACAUUAAGAUUCCGCUCAUUCAAAGUGCAGACAGAAGUGUUGUACGUGGAGAAUGCACCUUUGUAGUUGUCUUUUUGGCAGCCUGCUGGUGGGGGAUUGGUAUUUUGCACAAUGGUGGCUUUUCUUUUGGUGUGUGGUAAUUGUUUCUUUGUGUUGAAACUUUAAGUAGAAGCAAAAUUGUUGACAUAGAAAUGGUAGUGGUUCACCAUGGGUAUUGUAAUCGCUUGAGGAGAAAGUUAUGGAACUAAUCUUACAG